CCCCGCCGCGCGCGCUAUAUAAGCGGCAGGUCCGCGGCCUUUCGUCGCCACGGUUGCGGAGCCAGCGCGAGACGCGAUUGCUUUUGCUUCAUCCGUAGCGAGCUGCUAGCUUACACGUCGCGCCCAUCACUUUCUCGGUUGGGCUGAGCCCCCCGCAGCGGAAGGGAGGAGGAUCAGAGAAUGAGCUCGGUGUGCGCGAGGCCCGUGGGCGCGGGCUACUUCGGCGGCGGGGCCAGGUGCCAGCGCCGGACGCGGGUGCGGGUGUCGGCUGUGGCCGCGCCGGCGUCGAGGGCGGCGGCAGCGACGAUGUACGAGGUGCUGGCCGUGGAGGAGACGGCGGGGCCCGAGGAGAUCAAGGCGGCGUACCGGCGCGCGGCGCGGCGGUGGCACCCGGACGCGUGCCCCGGCGGCGCCGACCGCUUCAUGGCGGCGCGGGAGGCCUACGAGGUGCUGUCCGACCCGGAGCGCAGGCGCGGCUACGACAUCCAGCUUCGCUGCGGCGGCGGCGCCGAGGCGCGGCGCGCGGGGUUCGCCGACUGGGAGGCGCAGCUGGCCGGGCUGCAGUGGCGCGCGGCGGAGCGGCGCGGCCGCGCCGGCGCGGAGACGUGGGGCAGCAGGAUGCGCCGGGCCGCCGCGCACCAGUCCCGGUAGGCCGUAGGGGUGGCGUCGUAGUCGUAUUUUUCCUCUUUCUUGUUUCCCGCUUCGACAGCGUUCGUCUUCAGUUUCACCAUCGCGCUGUUUGCUGUUUGUAAAUACGGUGUACAGAAGUAGUAAACAUUUUCUCAGACCCUUUCAGGUGCAAUAGGGUCAAAUUUGAAGUUCGGACUCUCUUUUACCCAAA